CUGGGGAGGCAACGCGUUUGCAGUCACAAAAAGUUAUUUCUUUUUUUUUAGCAGGUUCGACCUUAUCCCUCCUUUGGACGUUGAUCUAGUUAACAACAAGGUUUUUGUCGUGAUAACGAAAAAAGUGUGUCUACAGGCGUUUUGUUUUGAGCGACCACCACCAUGGCAGUAGGUAAAAAUAAGGGGCUGUCUAAAGGAAGCAAGAAAAGUCUCAGAAAGAAGGCUGUCGAUCCUUUCACUCGCAAGGACUGGUAUGAUGUUAAAGCACCAUCAGUCUUCACUGUCCGGCAGGUUGGCAAGACUCUGGUUAACAGGACCCAGGGAACAAAAAUCGCCUCGGAAGGAUUGAAGCACCGUGUAUUUGAAGUUUCCUUGGCCGAUCUCCAGGGCGAUCAAGGUGCUGAGCGGUCUUUCUGUAAAUUCCGACUCAUUGCUGAAGAUGUUCAAGGACGCAACGUGCUCACCAACUUCCACGGCAUGGAUCUCACAACAGACAAACUUAGAUCUAUGGUUAAAAAGUGGCAGACCCUGAUUGAAGCUGUAGUCGAUGUCAAAACCACCGAUGGCUACAGCUUGAGGGUAUUCUGCAUUGGAUUCACCCAAAAACAGCAGUCGAGCCAACGCAAGACCUGCUAUGCUCAGCACUCGCAGGUGCGAAACAUUCGCAGGAAAAUGGUUGAAAUCAUCACUCAAGACGUUACCAAGAGUGACUUGAAGGGUGUUGUCAGCAAACUAUUACCUGACGCUAUUGCCAAGGACAUUGAAAAGGCAUGCCAGGGCAUUUACCCACUUCAUGAUGUUUGUAUUCGUAAGGUUAAGGUAUUGAAGAAGCCCCGUUUCGAGUUGAGCAAGCUUCUCGAACUUCACGGGGAUGGUGGCAGCAGCAAGACUGCCGAAGGUGGCGAGACUGGAUCAAAGGUCGACAGACCCGAGGGUUACGAACCCCCAGUGCAAGAGAGUGUCUAAUCGGAUAUGUGCUCAUUCCAUCCUAUCACAUAAUAAAAAAAUCUCAAUUUUUUAA